AUGAACCAAAGGCUGCAGUCAUUGACUCAAAAUGUGUUUCUUGUUACUGCCAAGGUGCCAGUUCAGUCAGUCGAAGCUUUCCAGGCCCCCAUCCAGCGUCAACCACCCACUCGCUUAAUGCGGUACUCUGCAUAUCAAUCACACUUUCCCCACGUGACGACUAUCCCCCACUACAAGCCGUAUCAGUCGAUGCGGCAAGCAGGGAAUGACGACACAUCGCUUCCCAACCCAAGGCAGCGCUGA